ACAUGCCUAAAAGGGCCUCACUAAUUAUGUUUCCAUUCCCUCCAAAUUCAGAAAAUUCAAUACCACCAAUCCACUAGAGAAUAAGGAUUGAGUCAUUUGAGUGGAUGACAUGACAUUAAGCUGAUACAGUUGAGUUUAGUGUGUAAAUCAUCCAUGGCCACCUUACACUGCAAUUCUCUUAUUCUCAACAAAAUCUCUCACCCCAUUAAAAGAACACACUCUUUCAACCCUGUUUUCUCAUCUCCAGGUUUUAACCGUUUUAUCCCAAAUCUUUCCACUUCAAUUUCCACUGGAUUAAACUCCAAAAUUUCCAAAUUGGGUUGUAGCGCUUCUCCUGACAACACACUUGUAUCCAAUUUAUCUGUAACUGAUUCCUAUAAACUCACAUAUUUAGAGGGAAAUAGUUGGCUGUGGAAUGUGUGUGGAGCUAAUUUAUUGGUUGAUCCAAUUUUGGUUGGUAACUUGGAUUUUGGAAUUCCUUGGCUAUAUGAUGCUUCUAAGAAAUUCUUAAAGAAUUUCCAGCUCAGUGAUCUUCCUGAAAUUGAUUGCUUGCUCAUUACUCAAAGCCUUGAUGAUCACUGCCAUUUGAAGACCCUAAACCCUUUUUCUCAGAAAUUUCCAAAUACUAGAGUUAUAGCAACUCCUAAUGCCAAGACCUUACUGGACCCUCUUUUCAGAAAUGUUACAUAUAUAGAACCUGGACAAAGCUCUGAAAUUGAAACAAAAGAUGGUUCUAAGAUUAGGAUUAAGGCUACAGCAGGACCAGUUCUUGGACCACCUUGGCAACGUCCUGAAAAUGGGUAUCUUGUUACAUCUUCACAGGUGCAAUUGUCUCUUUACUAUGAACCUCACUGUGUGUAUAAUCAUCGCUUCAUUGAAAAGGAAAGAGCAGAUAUUGUGAUCACACCGGUCGUAAAACAGUUAUUGCCCAAGUUUACAUUGGUUUCAGGACAAGAAGAUGCAGUGAAACUUGCAAAGCUUCUUCAAGCCAAGUUCGUUGUGGCAAUGAAAAAUGGGGAUUUAGAUGGCAAAGGGCCUCUUGCAAGCAUAAUUCAGUCAGAAGGAACAAUAGAAUCAUUCAAGGAGCUUCUAUCAAAAGAAUUACCAGGUGCGAAGGUUAUAGAGCCUACCCCAGGAAUUCCAGUCGAAAUUCCCUCAAAUUAAAUCUGUGGAUUUCUUGCUCCUGUUCCCUCUCCAUUUUCUCCACUCACAAUUGUGGGACUAGGUUUAUUCAUCCUUCAGUUUUGGAAGGAGAUCCAAAUAGUUUGCUCACACCAAACUGAUCUUGUUUGGUUCACUCGUUUUAUGUUUCCGAGCCAUGUCUAAAGUGAAAGAACUGAAACUGCAGAUGUAUGCUGAACAAACUGAACUGUUAUCAAACUGGCUAACUCAAUCUAUAGCAGUCUGUUUACCAAACCUUCA